CCAUUUACUUGUACAUAAACGGGAAUGCGGAACUUACCGCGGUACUUGAUUCCGGUGUUUUCUGCAGGCUUAGGGUUUGACGUCCAUAAACUUGAUUAAAAUGUCGGCUGAUCGUGUUGUGCUCGAGCGAGGCAAAGACACAAGCCUCACAGUUCACUUGUUUGGUGCAACUGUGAUAUCCUGGAAAUGCAACGGAUCCGAAAUUUUAUUCCUAAGCAAAAAAUCACUGUUUGACAACAAGAAGGCUAUUCGAGGUGGCAUCCCAGUUUGUUUCCCUCAGUUUGGUCCAUGGGACCUUGGCCCCCAACAUGGAUUUGCUAGAAUAUCAACUUGGACUCUGGAACAAGCUCCAAAGACCUUGAGCUCUGGUGAUGUGACUGCAGUAUUUACUCUCACAGAUAAUGAUGAAACAAGGAAAAUGUGGAAUCAUGGGUUCAAGGUUACGUACACUCUGACACUGAAAGAAACAGAGUUUGUUAGCGACUUUGUUGUGAAGAAUACAGGAGAGGAUUCCUUUAGUUUCACAGCAUUGUUGCACACCUAUCUUGGUGUUAGUGAUGUGACAAAAGCAACAGUCAGUGGCCUGAAAGGAUUGCAGUAUAUUGACAAGGUCAAAGAGGGAAAAGUCUUUACGGAGCAACGUGAACUGGUGACCAUCCCAGAAAACUAUGAUAGGGUGUACAUGAAUACUCAAGGUGGCCACAUUGUACAUGACACAGCUACCGGAAAAACCAUCAUUAUAAAGAAAACCAACUUGCCUGAUACUGUGGUUUGGAACCCAUGGGAAGAAAAAGCAAAAGCGAUGUCUGACUUUGGAGAUGACGAGUAUCCCAAGAUGCUUUGUGUGGAAGCGGGCCACGUCUCGUCCCCGGUGACCCUUGACCCCGGGGCUUCAUUUGUCGCUGGUCAGGUCAUUGUGGCAAAAUGACAACCACGCGCCAUAUGUCAAAUUAAACCUCAAUUGUGACCCAACCCAUCAGCACGAGUCAAAACUCGGCAACGCUACUUUUAAGUAAUAGGUGUUUUUGAAAGAAUUUUACACAAUAAAAAUAGGAACAGUCAUUCUUUUAAUUUCUUUUAAUAUUAGAUGGCUUUGAGGGGGAUACAAUAAUAUAUUGCAUGAGCUAUAACAAUAUUGCACGAGUCGAAGUUGAGAGCAAUAUUGUUGUAGCAAGUGCAAUAUAUUCUUGUAUCCCCUGGAAAAAAAGCCAUCCAAUAUUAUAGUUCAGUUAACUUGAUCCGCAAGAAAUAAAUUUCAAGUCAUUUUUGUCUUUAUUUCUCAAAAUAUUUAAAAUAUUCUUCGCUGACCGAAGCAAAUUUUGCGCCACUCGAAGCUGCCAUUGUGGAUGACAACAGUGCGUGUAUACCCUGCUCAUAUUGAGUGACAUAUCAAACUGAAGAGCUAACUGCAAGUGAAAGGUAUAGUAAGUGAAACAUUUUCUUCAAGGUCCAUUUUAUGGGAUCAUGUCACAAAAUGUUGUCUGAUUGUAGAUUUAAGUACUUUACGGCUGUACUUUAACUGACAAUUUUAUUUUUCUGAUAAAAGAUAUAUUUUACUAUUUUAGUAUGUGCAAAGAGUGUGAAAUUAUUUAACGAAUACAUCCACAAAUAAAGGACUGGUAUACUUCUACUGUUUUGUUGGAAAACUUAACUUUUGUGACUCCUGUUAUUAUUUUUUAGUGUUAAAUCAUAUUCUGAAUCUGAAUCAUGCUUUUGGAAACAUUUUUAUUGAUUUGCAAAGUACUGGGAGUAUAGGACUAUCUUUCUAUAUCAGUUUUCUUCACCAAU